UUGGGUGGUAACUAAUCAUUGAACGCGCGCGCACAUAUAUAUAUAUAUAUAUAUAGCUUUUUCACUCAUAUUCUUUAAUACAUACAUUGUCUAUUUCUCAACAAGAAAUAGAUCAAAGGGAAAAGUGAAUUUGAAGAUAAAAGACGAGAAACAAACUUCAAAUUCCAUGGAAUCAUCAAUAUCACUCGAAGAUACUCUUUCCUCGAGUGAUAUUUCUUCAAAGGAAAAUGACUUCUACUUAGAACGACCUCAGAACGAGGCGAAACACUAUAUAGGUGUUAGAGCAAGGCCAUGGGGAAAAUUCGCAGCUGAAAUUAGGGAUUCCACUAGGAAUGGAAUUAGGGUUUGGCUAGGAACGUUCAACAGCGCGGAAGAAGCUGCUAUGGCUUAUGAUCAAGUUGCUUUGUCGAUGAGAGGUCCAUCUACAUGCCUAAAUUUCCCAGUUGAAAGAGUUAGCAAAAUGUUACAAGAAACACAAAAUUGCAAUUUCUUCAAGAAUGGAUUGUCACCAGCAGCAGCCUUAAAGGAGAAACACAAAAAGAGAAGUAGUAGUAAUAUUUCAAGAAAAAAGGGGAAAAGGAAACAAAAGGUGUGCUGGAGCUGAAAUGCAAGAUGUAAUAAGUGAAGACAGAAGAGAUGUCCUCCUAAACUAUACACCUUUUUAGAAUUUCAUGCGGAUGAUAUUAUUUUUGGAGGAUCGAGCAAAAUAGAACAACAUGGUUGAAGGUUCUAAGAUUAAUUUCCUAAAAUAGAACUUGAUAAUGACUCCCUCCGUCCAUAGAUCUUCACUUGUCUAGUAAACUAAAAUAAUUGUCUAAUUUUACCUAUAUCAUUUAAAAAAUUAAGAGAUAAUUUAUGAUUCAUGUAUAUAUUUUUACCCUUGUAAUUAACUAGAGUCAUUAGUCAAUAAUGCAACAACAACAUAUCCAGUGUAUUCUCACAAUGUAGGGUUUGGGGAGGGUAAAGUGUACGCAGUCUAUGUAUACCA